AUGACAACACUACCACCAAUUCAACCACGUCCAAUUUUAUGCAAAACAACAACAAAUAAUCUCCAAUCAUCAUCCUCAUCAUCAUCGGUUUUUCUUAUUCAUUUAUCUGCUCAACCUUCAACUAUAACAAAUACAAAUUUUUAUCCAACAAAUACUGAUUUGAUGAAUAAUAAUAAUUUAUCACAUACUCCUGCUCCUCCUCCUCCUUCAACAUUCUUAUCUUUUUAUGAAGAAUUUCUUAAACAACAACAUUUCGUUGUUUGGCGACCAUACUGGGAUAAAGUUAAUGAUCGCCAAUUAUGGUCAACAAUUGCAAAUAAUUUUGGUCUUGAUUCAUCAUGUCUUAAUGGUACACAAGCUUUAAAAAAUAUUUAUAUUCAAGAAGAUCAAAUAUUUUCAUUCCAUAAUGGUGAAAAUAUUGAUUUACAUGAUGAUGAACAUUCUAAACGACAUAAUGUUUCACAAUUACAACGUGUACUACAAUCAUAUAAUCAUAAUCAACAUAUUAUUUCCGAUUCAUUACAUGCUCAAUAUAGUUUAUUUUGUGAUUUUCUUCGUUGA